AUGGUGAAGGUGAUCCUCUUCCACCUGUUCAAUGGGCAGCAGGUGGUGGGCAUCGACGAGGAGCCCCUCGCCAUCACGCACGCCUCCACCACCAUCCUCGCUGCCACCAAGGCCGGGCGGGUGGAGGGCUUUGCGGCCGGUGCCGAGUACGUACGCGCGUUCAGCUUCGAGACGGCGAAUGAUGGUAUCACAGGCCUGCACCACGUACCCGCUCUCGACUGCGUGGUGACGCUGGAGCGGGAGAGCGCACACUCGCGUAUCAACGUAGUGCGGGCCUACUACCGAUACCACCCGCUGACCACCACCGAUCAGGCAGCAGCAGCAACCGAGGCCGCCGACGGCACCACCACGGGGCGGUACGCUUCGGCGGGCAGCCUCGUCCAGCUCGCCGUGCCCUGGUCUGUGCACACUCUCGCCGUGUGCGGCGCGACGGGGAGAGUGUUGGCCGGCGGCGAGCGGGGCCUGUCGCUGUGGGCUCUGCACGAGGAGGGCCAAGCGCCCGAGCACCUCAUGGACCUGGACACCUCACACUCGCUUCCCGUUCGCCGGUUGGCCAUCCACCGCGACUACCUUGCCUACGCGUCCUCGAACGAGCUGUUCGUGCUCCACUUCCAGCUCGUCCCUCGCUCCGGGACCAGUACAAGCUCGUCCCUCCCAAGUACGUAA